UUUCGUCGUGUGAACAUCGUACAUUGUACAAACACUCUGUAUAUGUAUAUAUACUUGCGUACACACAGAGAUACGUAACUCUAGGACUACCCUCGUGCGGAUAUCGUGUUGUGAACGAUGAGUGCAUCACAAAUGACCUAACAUUAUGAUGAUACAACAAUGCUAAUUUACCUUUGGUGAUUGCAGUUACAUUAACGCAAAACAAUGUGUGCUUCUUCUGGUAUGGUGCGACAAGUGAAAUAAUGAGCAGUGCGUAAAAUCGUCCGAUCAGAAAUAAAGUACCCAUUAUUUUUGGUUUAGUUCUUCGUUUCUUCAUUUCCAUCAACAUCGAAUUCUUUUAUCGACAACCGCAAAACGCAACAUGGAUUUUAUUUACUUCGUCCUCGUAGUUGCAGCAGCUUUUGGACCAGAAAUAGCAAAAGGUCAAAUUCGGUCGCCUCGUAUAACAGAGCAUCCGUCGGACACGAUAGUAGCGAAAAACGAACCGGUUACACUGAAUUGCAAGGCCGAGGGCAAACCGGAGCCCGAGAUCGAAUGGUACAAGGACGGGGAGCUGGUGAAGAUAGCGAACGUGGACAACAGCAAGUCACAUCGGGUCCUUCUCCUUUCCGGAUCCCUCUUCUUCCUGCGAACUGUUAACAGCAAGAAGGAGCAGGACAGCGGGGUCUACUGGUGCGUGGCCAAAAACAUGGCAGGAUCGACGACCAGCAAAAACGCCACCCUACUAGUUGCAGUCUUGCGCGAUGAUUUUCGCGUGAUCCCGACUGACACGAGAGUAGCGGCUGGGGAGACGGCAUUGUUGCAAUGCACUCCUCCGAAAGGCCACCCCGAGCCGACGGUAAUCUGGAAGAAGGAUGGAAAGAACCUGGAUCUAGAUGAGAGGAGGAUGCACAUCGUGGAUAACGGUAAUCUGAUGAUUUCCGACGUCCGUAAGCAUGACGAAGGCCGAUACCAAUGCAUUGCUAGUAAUCUAGUCGGCGUUCGCGAUACUCCAUCUGCUGAACUUUUCGUCCACGUGAAACCAUUUUUCAAUAAGGAACCGCAAGAUGCUAUCGCUCUUAUAGGAAAGAUGGUUGUUUUUCAUUGCACCGUCGAAGGAGAGCCUACACCGAAUGUUAUGUGGAGGAGAGAAGAUGGGAAGAUGCCUUUGGGAAGGGCCCGCAUCCUCGACGACAAGUCCUUGCUGAUAGACAGCGUGCAGACUUCCGACGAGGGUCUCUACAUUUGCGAUGCCGAAAACAUCGUGGGCAGCAUAACGGCCAAAGCCUCGCUCGUGGUCAAUUCGCAGCCAACGUUCACAGAGAAGCCGAGGGACCAGAAGGUUGGUUUGAACGGCGUCGUCGAGUUUCAUUGCGCUGCGACGGGGAAUCCGAGGCCUUCGGUGUUUUGGAGUAAAGAGGGUUCUCAGCUGCUGAUGUUCCCCGACAACUCUUACGGGCACAUGAACGUAAAUUCGCACGGGACUUUGAGGAUCCAAGGUGUUCAAAGGGAAGACGCCGGCUUCCUUGUUUGCUCGGCGCUGAGCGUCGCUGGAUCCAACAGCGUGAGGGCCUUCCUUCAAGUUACUUCUGUUGCCGAUCUUCCGCCGCCCAUUAUUCAAAUCGGUCCCGCGAAUCAAACGCUUCCAUUGCACAGCAUUGUCACUUUGCAUUGCAAAGCAGCCAAUCCGGAGGGAGAGCCGCCUAUGAUCAAGUGGCUCAAGGAUAGCAAAGUCCUUCGCCAGGAUCAUCUGCCAGACAGAUAUACUUUGAGCACUUCCGGCACUUUAGACAUUGACGAUUUAAGAGUUGAGGAUUCUGGCGUCUACACUUGUUCGGCCACUUCGGAGAGCGGCGAGAGUUCGUGGUCAGCAUCGUUGAGCGUUGUGGAGGGUUCGAGUGGUUCUUUGCAUCGCAGUCCCGAUCCAUCAACAUUCCCGAGAGCCCCGACGGCACCGAGGAUUCUGAACGCGACCGAAUCAAGCAUCAGUCUGUCUUGGGAUGGAGGUGUUGAUGAUGAGAUGGGCUUGGUCGGAUACACCGUCGAAUAUUGGAGCCCCGAUCUACAGACCGGUUGGGUGGUAGCUGCCCAUCGGGUGCCCAAUCCCUACAUGGUAGUGCGCGAAUUAAAGCCGGACAGUUCGUACGUGUUCAUAGUGCGUGCAGAGAACGCUCAUGGUCUAUCUCCGGCGAGUCCCGUUUCUGCGGCCGCCAGGACCCUCGCCAAUUCCCGUGCUGUGCCGCGUUCAGAAUUGGAUACGGCGAGGACGAUGUUGAGCACCAAAUUGGUCGAUUUACGUGACGCGAAGCCGCUGUCCUCGAGUUCGGUGAAGUUGAGUUGGACCCUAAGUAAUCCCGAGUACGUGGAGGGAUUAUAUAUUCGCUUCAGGGAAUUGUCUGGCGGCUCGCACAACUACAACAUCCUCACCGUUUUGGAUAUCCGCAGCAAGAGUUAUGCCGUCACGAACCUCAAGAAGUACACCAAAUACGAGUUCUUCAUAUCUCCGUUCUACAAGUCCGUGGAGGGACAACCGUCGAAUUCACGAGUAGCGCAGACCCUCGAGGAUGUGCCAUCCGCUCCUCCGGACAGUAUAACUGCUAGAUUGCAUAACGAUACGGCAUGGUUGGUGAGGUGGUUGCCUCCUCCUCCGCAGCACCACAACGGAAUUAUCAUCGGGUAUAAGAUAGAAAUUAAGGGGAGCGCGGCGCGAUCGAUGAUUACGAUGAACGCCAAUACAACUUCGGUGAUGAUAAGCAAUCUCACGUCGGGGGGCACAUACAAUGCCCGAGUCGCGGCCUUAACUCGCGCCGGCAUCGGGCCUUUCUCCAACAUAAUUCCACUGCAAACUACGCCGAGGGCUCAAAGUCCAAGAACCCUUGGUCCCCUGGUACCAUUAAUGCAGCAGCCGUGGUUUGUGGUGUUGUUGGCCAUUUUGGUGGUAAUUGUCUUCGUCGUCGGCGGGGGCUUCCUCUACUUCAAAUACAGGCAAACUUCAACCAAGGAGUUGGGCCAUUGUGGAGUGCCGGUAGUUAACGCCUCGCAGCUGAAUCCCAAGGAAAGUUUGUGGAUCGACAGAGGUUGGAGAGCGGCUGAUUGCGACAAAGACUCAUCCAUACCCUUGGCUCCGCCCGCGGACUACGCCGAAGUUGAUACCAGAAGUCUGUCGACUUUCUACAAAUCAAAGAAAUCUCCGGACAAUCCUACACCGUAUGCAACGACGAUGCUGCUGCCUCCACCAAGCUGGUCGGAGAUUAUCCCGCCGCCACCGGAUCAUCCUCCUCCGGAGUGUCCCAGCAUCCCAGCACCUCCACCAAGAGGUGGAAGCAGUUGCGGAAGUGCAGGUGGUGGAUACGCCUGCUACGCCGCACACGUUGGCCAAGGCAGCCAGUGCGGAAGGGUGGCUCAGUACCAUCAACCAAGGACCGGAUCCUGCAACAACUGCGACACCCAUUGUUCGUUGGCCAGCGGCAGCUCUGGUCGUAGAUCCGCUCCCCGCGUCCACUGCCAUCCACAGCACACCUGUGAUAAUAGCAAAGUCUGGGUGAACCAACAGUGGGAAGACGGAGGUGGCGAAGCGGACCUCGACACCGAUCGCAACUCCUGCUCCAGCAGUCACGACACCACAUGUUCCUGCAGUGAAUCCUCUUGCCUCUACGCGGAAGCUGGCCCGUCCAUCAAACCUAGACCCAUCCCGCACUGCCAAAUGAAUCGUUGUGUCAAAUAAGGAAACUGAAAACUACUUAAAAGCAUGAAUAACCCGUGAAUAGUUGAUUUUCUACAUAUCUUCAGACACUAGCGUGUUUUCUAAAUUUAUUAAAAGUUUUGAAAAAAACAAUAAUUGAAAAAAAAAAAAACGUCACUUCGAAAAUGAGAAUCUAAGGAAUUUAAUUAAAAUUAAACAAACGAGCAAAAUAUUUUUAUACUAAAAAAAAAACAACAAAAUCAAAAAAAAAUGUUUGCUUCACGUUUAAAUUCCCACAUCCCAACUGCAGAUGAUGACGUUUUAAAGAGAUUGAUUUACUUUUUUUUGGCGUAGAUUUUUUGAGAUCAAUAGAGAAAGAGAAAAAGAAAAAAAAAACAAAAAACAUCUAUCUAAUUUGUUUCGUUUUGCUAGUCCGUAGCUGUUUAAGUUACCAAGUGUCUUCCUAAAUGUCCCAACUAUUCACAAAACAUAAAGAAAGAAAAUCUAAAACUUUUUAAAAGAAAUAAUACUUUGUUCGUAUUGGGAGACAAUAAUA